AUGGACAUGAAUGGAAUCACGGCGUUCGACUUGGGUGCCUACAAGCACCAGCUGCAGGGUGCCAGCGCUAAGUACGAGUGCCUCAUGUGCUGCGACUACAUUCCAAUCAUGUCCUUUGUGCAUCGAAGUUUGCCCCCCACCCUGGGUUCCAUCGAGCGACUCGCCAAGCAGCAUUUCUACGAUCAUCAAGAGCAAAAGUACGCUGCAAGGGAUGGUUUCCUCGAAGCCAUUGCGGUGCGGGCGAUCUCGCCGGAUGCUCCUCCCAAGCCUGAGUUCGUGGAGACGUUGAACAACGAUGCCUAUCGAUGCGCAUUUUACUACGCCUGGCACGCCUGUCUCAUGUCAGGGUCAGAUGCCAGCGAGUUUGAAGAGCGCUCCCGAUCCAUGAGGGUGAGGUUUGAACUCAUCACCACAGAUCAGGCCCUGGAAUUAAGGAAGUGGUGUCUCGCCGAAGAGGCUUUCUCGUUGGCGGACACGCAAGUCCUUCAAGGGCUGAGUCGUGCGCGUGCUGUGAAACAGUUUGAGGGCUUGCUGAAGCGAGAGGGCAAGAACUCCAGCCAUGCAUCCAUGGCAAAGUCUUUCAAAAGUGGCGGAGUCAAAAGCUUCAGCGACAAGGUCAUUGGCACCAUGCUCAAAAUUGCAGAACGUUUCGAUGCGGUGCCAGAGGCUGUACUGGCCAUUGCUGCUCUGGAUUCCAAGUACGGCGCGCAUGGCUUGGCGCACACUUUUGCCAACCACAGCAACUUGGACAUCUUGUGCGCCAAGACAGGCGUCCGCAGCGACGCGAGCCUUCAAAGCUCACUGCUCGAGUUCGCCUCGCUUCUAUUGACCGACUGGAUCCUGGAUGGCAAGAUCUCUCCGAACAUUGGUGGUGACGCUCUGAAGACCAAAAUUGCCAUGGUCCUGGCCAUUCGCAGGAUCAUUUACUACAUGAUCCGCAAGUUCCAACUGAAGGGCGACAGUACCCAGGUCUUGUCUACCCACCUUGGGUCAGUGCCAGGAUUUCGCUCCUCCGGGCUGAGAAGCUCGGAUGCCUGUCCGUGGCUGGCUGGAGUCCCCGACUUCCUUGCUGAAGUCGUUCACUUCUCAGCAAAGCUUCUUCGUGGAUCCAAGGCCUACAUGGACAUUUUGGAGGAGGUGCUGCAAGCCGACCCUGUCGCCUCUGCCGAGGCAUGCUUGAUGGCCUUCGCCAAAGCUGGACUCUACGAUCACCAGAAUCUGCUGGAGCGGAAAACGGAAUUUGAGAAUCCCCGGCCCCAGGAAGUGAGUCCCAAGCCUGUGGAUGCUCAGCCCGCCGCUGCCGAGAAGGUGGACACGGAACAAUGCCAGGACACGGCAGAGCCAGAGGUCAGAGUCGAUUCGGAGCCAGAGGGUGACGCAGAGAAGGUGGUUCCUGGUCUGGACCGCAUGGCAUCCUUUGCUCACUUGCAGGUGCCGCCUUUGGUGAAAGACCUGCUGCAUCGCAACCCGUGCGACGUGAAGUUUCAAGAGCUUCUGGACGACGCGACGAUCCGUCGGAACUCGUACUGCGACCUGCAAGUGCGGUGUGUGGAUGCAUCUACAUGGAGGCAAUCGCUGCGUUCCCUCCCUGCUCGGCAGAAGCUUUUCCGCUACGAUGUGAAGACUCAGGAUGUGAGCUGUGGACCCAACAAGACCUCUGGGCACCCCUUCAGGAUCAAGCCGGUCAUGGGUCAGGGGUUCAAGACUGUGAUGUCUGUUUUGUUUGGGGAGAAAAGCCAGGAGGAGGUUAUGUUCACCAAAGAUGACAUCUUGUUGGUCCACGAUGGGCGCGUGCCGAAGAAUGCCAAGACAGUGUCAUCCUGCCUGACGCAAGCGAAGCAGAGGGAGUCCGUGAAAGAGAUGCUUCAGAACCGAGUCGGCACCCUGCGGCUCGUGUAUGACAACAACGAAUUCCGUGCAGGAAGCUUCGCUGCGCAGAAGCGCGAGUCCGGCCAGGCAGUCUUCACGACCGCGUCGUCUCUCCCUGAGCCUGUCGAAAGCAUCAGUGUCGUGUUGAGCAAGGAUUUGAAGUUGCCGGUGCGCUCCCGGAAUUUUGUCGACCUCGGAGGCGACUCCCGCGACCGAGCUUGGACUCGCAUGUCACUCCGCCCAUACUCCUUCCGCAGCUAUGACAAAGUGUCCGAGUCACUCCUUCUGCAGAUGGUGUCCCCGGAGGAAGAUGCAAACAAGAAUCAGAGUCAGAAGACCAAAAAGGACAAGGAAGAUGAGUCCGACACCGGGGGGGAAGAAGAGGAGGGUGAGGCCCCGGCCAGCUUCGACAUGUUUGCCUGGGAGGCUGACGAGGCCCAGGCGAGAGAGCUCUUCCAAAUCUUUGAUCCCAGAGUCAGAGAGGAGCAGUGUCAAAAGACACAAAUCAUCGACUUCUGCGCUGGCUUCUCAGCCGCAAUGGCAGCCAUCCGGGACAGACGUCCCUACCGAGGCUAUUGCGCCAGCGAACUCACCCGCGCUGUGCUUUUGCAGGGGCUUCUCCUGGAAGUAGCGUUGUGCAUUCAGAGUCAGGCGCCCGGCUUCGCGCUCACCAACAGCCCUGGUGCAUCUGGGCGCGUCCUGACCCGCGCUCAAUCAUUGGGCGGCGACGAUGCAACGCCGGUGAGCCAUGGGCCUGAGCGCAUGGCAGUGACUGACACCUCCACUGCUUUGACGGGUUUGGGGGAAGAUGCGGAACAACUCUCAGAGUCAGGAGCCGAGGAGACCUGA